UUCUUGAAAAUACAAUUAAAUUAUCUUUUUCAAAUUUACCACAUCUACAGAUGAAGACCUAUUCAAACGAGAAAAAUUGAAUGCCUCCACACUGAUGGAAUUUAUUCUUCUUGGGUUUUCUAAUGUUCCUCAUUUGCAGUGGGUGCUGUUUAUGGUAUUUUUGUUUAUGUAUAUGACAAUUCUGUUGUGCAACAGCAUUAUAAUAGUGUUAGCAAAAACGGACCCUGCUCUCCAGACUCCUAUGUAUUUUUUCCUUAGCAACUUUUCCUUUUUGGAAAUCUGUUAUGUAACAGCUACUAUUCCAAGAAUGCUUAUGGAUUUAUAUACCUCAAAAGGAAACAUUUCUGUGCUUGCAUGCGCAACACAAAUGUAUUUUGUCCUUAUGUUGGGAGGCACAGAGUGCCUCUUGCUAGCAGCUAUGGCCUAUGAUCGUUAUGUGGCUAUCUGCCACCCUCUACAAUAUUCUCUACUUAUGAAGAAUAAGGUGUGUUUACAGCUGGUAGCUGCCUCCUGGAUCAGUGGGAUUCCAGUAGAAAUUGGGCAGACCUACCAGAUAUUCUCCCUUCACUUUUGUGCUUCUAACAGAAUAGAUCACUUUUUCUGUGACAUCCCACCACUUCUUAAGCUUGCUUGUGGUGACACCUUUAUGAAUACAGUUGCAGUCUAUGUUGUUGCAGUGGUGUUUGUUAUGGUUCCAUUUCUGCUAAUCAUUGUCUCCUACAUCAAGAUUAUCUGCAACAUUAUGAAACUAUCUUCAGCCAAAGGGAUGGCCAAGGCUUUUUCCACCUGCUCGUCCCACCUGAUAGUUGUAGUCUUGUUCUAUGGAACAGCAAGCAUUACUUACUUACAGCCCAAACAAAGCCAGUCAGAAGGAAUGGGGAAGCUGUUGUCUCUUUUCUACACCAUUUUGAUCCCAGCUUUGAAUCCUAUUAUAUACACUCUGAGGAACAAAGAUAUCAUGAUGGCACUGAGAAAAUUACACAGUAAGUUACUGAUAUGGUGGGAAAAUGUAAAAUAAAAAAGUACAGAUGCAUACAAUUGGAAAUUCAAGCUUGGU